AUGGUUGACAACAAUGCUUCUUCAAAAUUGGCGCGAGUUGCAGUUAAGCCUCCGCCAUUUUGUCUCCAAGACCCAUCGUUAUGGUUCAUUCAACUGGAUGGGCAGUUUAAAUUGAGUCACAUUACUGCUGACGAAACUCAAUUUUUUACAGUGAUCGCCGCUUUAGAAUCAAAAGUACUUCAAUCAGUUCGUGAAAUUAUCUUGAGUCCACCGGCGACGGAAAAAUACAAAUCCGUGACAGUCAAAAUCAAGCAACUAUUGCAAGAUUUACAGUUGGGUGAUAUGAGGCCUUCUCAAUUGUUGUCUAAAAUGUCAGACUUAUCCGCCGGUAACCUAACGGACAAUAUUCUUAAAACAUUAUGGAUGAAUAGACUCCGAUCAAACAUGCAAGAUAUUUGA